AAAAAGACAAAACAAUACAUGCAACAGUCGGGAUUCGCUGGUCGUCACCGACCCAACUACUAAUCGACCUCUCACAAGCUUGAUUACAGGAGAGCGAACGGGAUCCGAUAUUUUCUUGUGGAUAUGGUCGCAUGUGCUGGAUUGUUGUGUCGUGGAAACUAAGUUCCUGGGUAGGUCGUCAAACAAUCGCAUUCUGUGGGGAUAUGACACCGUCCUGCAAGGACCAGCACAGCGGUCUCCCACGUGGCGUCCUCAUUCCCCGGGUUGUUUCGUCCCAGGUGCUGUGGGGUGCUUUGGAGAACGAUGGCAAAGAGGAGAACCCCAUCUAGUGUUUCCAACUUCGGGAUACGAGGUUUGGGGAUGUGCCUCGAUUUCUCCAAGGAUGCUCCAUCCAAGCUCGGCCGCUUUGAUGCAUGCACAGGAGCUGUCAAGUGCCAGACAACGGCUGCCCCUUGACGGGCAACCUGAACCGAAGCUUGCCCAGUCCUUGGCUCCAAACGAAUCACUUUAGCCUCACGGGAACAGACACGAUCUGCCCAAUUUCCAGCUCCCUCGCUCGGCCCUCGCUGACCAUCCUCCUCCUUGGUUAGUCCUCCGCUACGGACAAAAAUGGAAAUGCUACUGCGCAGCUGUGUGGUCCAGGCCUCAACUAUCCAGGAAACAAGCGUGGCCUCCUUGCAAUUUCCAGAAAAAGAACAUUCCUCACUGCACUGGCCGCCGUCGGUCCUACAAGUGGUUUCCAGCCUCUCUCUUCACACCAGAGUGUGCUAGGGCCAGCCAUCUCAACGAUAUCCUUGGCCGAAAGGGGCAAACUGGGGGGCUAAUUCAUCGUAUCCCUCGAGAGAUACCAUAGCGUGGACUUGGGCCCCUCAUGUCACCGCCCCGAGUCGCAGAGACCAGACCAGCGCGUGUCGAGUCUGUCUCGCUCCGUGAUAUCUCGGACGAUCAUGUCGAUAACGACAGCGAGACGGACAUAUCGGCAGCCUGACAAGGUGUCGGCUGGCCUCUCAUGGGCAUAUGCUGGGUUGCGCUUGCGCCGCCUAGAUAUCUCCGAGUCCUCUCUUACGGUCCGCUUCCGACCAAGUGGAGAGGAAGAAGUCGUCCUUGUCCAUGGCAGUUCCGCCCAGUUUCAGUGAAGACGUCUGGCAUUAUAUCAGUUGGACCCUCUGCCCCGACACUGCUAGCUAGCUAGCAGCUGCCCCCCAUCCGUCCGAAGAACUCGUUCCCCGCCUUCCAUCUAUUCGCUGGGCUCUUUGUCUUUGAAAGAACGGUAAAUAAUACGCGACGGGGCUACUGCCAGUGCAUAUUGGUCGCCCCAAGCAUGGCUGAGGCCUCGAACAGAAUGGAGGAGUCAUUGCCGGAGGCCCCAAGGCCAGAUUCCAUGACGCCACACGACCCGAACAUGCAAGAAGGCCUGAGAAUGGCCACAGAAGCCAUGCAAGCGGCCGCUGAUGCGAUGACAGCAGCAUCCGUGUCGUUCCGGCGGCAGACUCUCAUGCAGGAGGAGCUUGCCUCGAGGCGCACAACAUGGUUGCCUCGCAGGCAAGCAGAAGAUGAUCAAGACGGAUAUGAAGCGACACGGCCGGCGAGCCCAAGCCGGCAUCGGGUUAUUUCUGUCCACCAGCUGGCAGCGGCACUGGCCAGAGAGGGUUUCGCGAUGCCAGAACAGGAUUUUUCAGCCCGGUUCCUCGCGGAAAUGACGCCUCCGGCAUCUCAAGACGAGCGUGUACCAGCAACAUUGCAAAUGCCUCCACGGAUGCCCACCCACCCGGCCCGUCCAUCAACAGCUACACAUCGGACAAGUCACCAGAACCUAAGGGGAUCGUCUCGAAGGACGACACUAUCGGAAGGCUCAACCUUGAUCAACAAAAGCUCGGGCGUUGGGGCCGCACGUGUAUCCUCUGAGAUACCCAAGCCGGACCCAGCAUGGCCGGCACAAUCCAUCCACGAUGGCCAAUCCUCCCACGGGCCUGAGUACGCUGAGCGUCGUCGGUCACGCUCGAGGGUUUCUCAUGGCGCAGAACAGAGCAGGCGGGUUUCUGCAGUCCGUUGGCCUCUGGAGGCGCCAGAGCCAGAGAUGGGUCCUGGUGGUACAAGAGAUGUGCACGAUUCCCAGGACGACUAUUUCUCACCUGUCAUCAGGAUGGGAAGGUAUACCUACAUCCGGACCGACACGGGGGAGCUCAGGCCAUCACUUGACGAUCAGCAUUGGCAAGACCAGCAAUACUCAGGACAGAGUAGCCGAACCAUCACAAGGCCCCCGAGCCCGCCCAGCAGGACGCCGCGAUAUCGACCCUACGGCUUGUCAGCUGCGGGGGAGAUGUUGUUUCUGGCGGUCAUCAUCCUCGCCCAGGCGCUGACGCUGGCGGGGCUGUCCCAGGCCCUCGUCCCACAGCGCAUCAUCGGCGCCUCGUUCCCGGACACGAACCCCGGAAGCCUCGCGUGGUACUCGGCCGCCUAUGGGCUGACCUCGGGGACGUUCGUCCUGCCGUCCGGCAGGCUGGGCGAUCUCUUCGGGCACAAGAAGAUCUUCAUCAUCGGCUUCAUCUGGCUCGGGCUGUGGGAGCUCGCGGGCGGCUUCAGCGAGCGUGUGCAGCGGUACGGGUCCGGCAGCGGCACCGCCCUCUUCAUCUUCUGCCGCGCCAUGCAGGGUGUAGGGGCGGCGCUGCUCGUCCCGAACGCCCAGGCCAUGAUCGGAAGGGGCUACCCGCCGGGACCGAGCAAGAAUAUCAUCAUGAGCCUGUUUGGUGCCGCAGCGCCGCUGGGAUUCGUUGCGGGCGGGGCCAUGGCUGCCAUGUUCGCGCAGCUUGUCUCGUGGCCGUGGGGCUUCUGGACGAUGGCGGCUGUGUGUUUCGGGCUGGCGGGCGCAUCGGUGCUGAUCCUGCCCCCGGCGGCGGCGACGACGAGGAACACGGACGUCAGCCUCUGGAAGCAGGUCGAUGGUGCGGGAAUCUGCCUCGGCGUAUCCGGCCUGGUACUCUUCAACUUCCCCUUCAACCAGGCGCCCAUCGUCUCGUGGGGCACCCCGUACACGUAUUUCAUCCUCGUCAUCGGCGUGCUGCUGCUCGGCGGCUUCGUCUACAUCGAGCUGCACGCGCCUCACCCGCUGGUGCCCAUCGCGAGCAUGACCCCGGCCACUAAUUUCGUGCUGGGCUGUACUGGGGCUGGCUGGGCGUGCUUCUCGAUCUGGGUCUACUACGCGCUCAGCUUCAUGGAGCAGCUUCGGGGCUACUCGCCCCUGCGUGCCUCGGCGGCCAUGGCCCCCGGCCCAGUGGCCGGGCUCAUAGCGUCCUUGCUGGCAGGGUUCCUGCUGAGCAAGAAGGUUAAGCCCUACAUCGUGCUGAUGAUGAGCAUGGGGGCGUUCACAGCGGGCAGUCUGCUCUGGUCGCUCGCACCGGUGGGGCAGACCUACUGGCUGAACUCGUUCAUCGGGGUCCUGAUCAUCCCCUUUGGGAUGGACAUGUCAAACCCCGCCGCGUCGAUCCUCCUGAGCAACAGCAUGGCAAAGGAACACCAGGGCACUGCCGCUAGCCUCGUGGUGACGACGGUGAAUUACAGCAUCUCGUUGGCCUUGGGCAUUGCUGGCUCUGUCGAGCUGGCGGCCCGCGGAGAACGGGGCGAUGUGCUGGCUGGCUUUCGGGGAGCCCAGCAUCUCGGCCUGGGCCUGGGCGGGCUGGGCAUUUUGCUUGCUGCAGUCUUUGCGCUGCGGUCCAGAAUCCAGGCGAAGCAGGCAGCAAAUACGUUGGCGAAGGCUGGCUAGGCACCAGACAACCGAAGCCGACGGUUUUGACAGAAAAAACCACAUCUAAUCACAGGGGCGCGAAGGGAACUCAGUAGUACUAAUUCACACGCAUUGUGUCUACAUAGCAUUGAGCAACAUAAUUAGCGUAUGUCUUGCCACCGUGA